AUGCUAUUUAAAUAUGAAAGUGAUGUAGUGGGUCAUUUUGAAGAGGGGGAAUAUAGGCAAGAGGCUGUUGGUGUUUAUGGAAGUAAUUAUUUGGAUCAGAGGCAGAUUGAUCUUAAGCUGAAUUCGCUUUGAAAGAGGAUGAUUACUCCAGCUACUCCUUCUCCUUUUACAAUUCGGUUUGAUGAAGUUCAGAAUUUGAAGAAUAAUGUACCCUCUUUAUCGAACUCAUACAAUAAAAGAAUAAAUCCAACCUCUCUGCAUGAAAAUACAUCAAUAAACACUCAAUCAAAUGCUAGCCACCUCGUGCCUCAGUCUUUAUCAUACUGUUCCCCUUACUUGACUACUCCUGCCGCCCCAACUCCCCAAGUAUUUUUCCCUCCCAGCUUCCAAUUUCCCCAAUCUCCACCAAAGAAUCAGCUCCAAACCGAUAAAUCCAAAAAAUCAUCAGCCAAGAAGGAAAGAACCAGAAGGAAGAAAUGCAGUGGGAUUUAUUGCACUUGUGGCCUCUCCGAGGAUGAAGCUUCUUUGGCCAAUUACGUGUUCAAGAAGAACAAUGUUAAGUUCAUGAAUGAGCUACAGCCUUUUAGAUACGAGAUAGUUGAGAAGAGAACUGAAGUAACUAAGAAGAAGGCCUUCGAGUUUAUCUGCAAAUUUAAUGGCAACUGUGAUAUGAGGUUUGACCGUGCUUGGAACCUUCUAGACCACUGCAGGAUGCAUUAUGGCAUCAGACCGUUUGAGUGUGAACAAUGUGGGAAAAGCUUCACUCAGAGAGGAAAUUUGGGGAAGCAUAAGCUUACCCAUCUAAAAGAAAAAUAGAUAAUUUCUAAAAAAAUAUUCAAUCUUAAAAUCAUUUCUU